CAGUCUGUCAGUUUCAGUUGUCACUUUUGUUUUCGUGAUUUUCCGAUUGAUUUCCUCCAAAUUUUCAAUUUUGCUUGAAUUAAUUUGCAUAUAAUGAUGAAAGCCACCGGUUUAGGAUCCCACAGGCCUCUCUCGGGACAGUUGUACAAAUACACGAACGUGGUGAAGGGCUGGCAGCAGCGGUGGUUCGCCGUCGACCCUGAGACCGGAGUGUUGUCCUAUUACUUGUUUGAUGGACCUGGAGACACUAUACAGCCUGGCCAGCCAGCGCGAGGCGAGGCGCACUUAGCAGCAGCUGUGAUCUGUCCGAGCGAUGAGGACUCGCGAACAUUCACGAUCAACUGCGCGUCCGGGGACAUGCUCAAACUGCGCGCUACCGACGCCCGCGCGCGUCAAGAAUGGGUCAACGGGCUAAGGGCCAUAGCUGAGAUACACACCAAAGCAAUGGGGGCAAAUCCUCCUCUUCAACCGCGAGAGCAACUAGCCGUACAUGAUGCUAUGGCGUCAGCCCGCCAACAGUUGCAGUCAACUGAGCUCAGUGAUGCUGCCCUAGCAAGGUGUAUAGAAUCUUCAGACUCUCCAUUCCCGCAUACAGACCCAGACUUGCUAUUACUCAAGGCGACGUCCGCAGCGAGUAUGCAGUGCCUGCUGCAAUGCCUCGGCAUCCUGCACCGUCAACAGCAGUACGCCACCGUCAGCCUCUCCAAAAGUUCCGACGACCACUAGCCGACCAGCACGGAACUGGUUAAAACUCUUUGGCACGAACUGUGAUGUGGCAGUUACGUCACAAUUUAAGGACUAUACAAUAUUAGGACGAUAUGUAGGAUUUACGGACGUACCGUGAUACGUCAUAGUAUAGUCUAGUCAUUGUCCCUAUCUUAUGGAGUGGAAAAUUUUUACUUGCUGUUAAAACGUGAAAAUCUCGAUAUGAUUUAGCUUGUAAUCAGUAAGUUUUCUUUAUCAUUGUUUUUAAAAGCUUUUUCUGACCAACAACCACUUUACUUUAUUAGGGGUUAAAGAAAUCCGCGCUUAUUACCAUAUUGAUUAGAUGCUGACAACCUUUUGGAAUCAACUGGCUUGACCUCGUGCUACAUUUUAUGAAGGUGCGGCAUUCCUGUAAAAUUUUAUAUUUUCCUAAAAUUAAGUAAUAUGCUAUGUUGGUUUUGUGUUAUGGUCAUCAGCAGUCUUCCAACUGGCAGCUUAAAAAGACCUA